UCGCCCUAGCCGAGCCCGGAGCUUCGUGGUCGUCGCAGCUGCCCUGGAAUCUCGGCCAAGCCAAGGCUGGCCGCCCGGGGAAGCGGCUUCCUUGGGUUUUUUUCUUUUUCGGCGAGCCAUCAUUUCAUUGACAAGAAGCAAAGCGCUUCAGUCCAUCAUUCAGCCGCCGGCAACUCCCCACGUGGACUCCCGGGUGCGGAUCACAUUGGCAAGCGGGUGCUGCAGACUUCAAGCAGCAGCAGCAGCAGCAGAGAGAGAGGCGGCUUUGCAGAGGAGUUCGCCGGUGCCGCUGCGGCUUAGCGAGCGUGCAAGUUGCGGGAAGGGGCCAAGGGGAGAGGCGCAGCCCGAGCUUUUGAUCCGGGACGCCGCGGUUGCAGCAAGAGCAACAAGAGCAGGAUGCCGGCAGCUGCUGGCGACGGGCUUUUGAGCGAGCCCACAGCGGCGAGCCUCAGCGACGACGAACCCACAUCGCCUCCCCUCAGUCCGGAGGGGACUUUCCUGGCCGCCUGGGUGAACGCUUCGGCCUCCCGGGAGCGCAUCCGAGAUUUUCAGCACACCAAACGGGUCGGCAACUACCUUAUCGGCCGGAAAUUGGGAGAAGGCUCCUUCGCCAAAGUGCGGGAAGGGUUGCAUGUUGUGACCGGAGAAAAGGUGGCAGUGAAAGUUAUUGAUAAAAAAAGAGCAAAAAAGGACACCUAUGUGACCAAGAAUCUGAGACGGGAAGGCCAGAUCCAGCAAAUGAUUCGUCAUCCUAACAUUGCUCAACUGCUGGAUAUCUUGGAAACUGAAAAUAGUUACUACCUUGUCAUGGAACUAUGCCCAGGAGGCAACUUAAUGCACAAAAUCUAUGAGAAAAAAAGGUUGGAAGAACAUGAAGCGCGCAAAUACAUCAGGCAGCUUAUAUUAGCAGUUGAGCAUCUACAUCGGGCAGGGGUUGUUCACAGAGAUCUGAAGAUAGAAAAUCUUUUGCUAGAUGAAGACAACAAUAUCAAACUUAUUGACUUUGGCUUGAGCAAUUGUGCAAGUAUCCUGGGCUACACUGAUCCAUUUAGCACCCAAUGCGGCAGUCCUGCUUAUGCAGCACCAGAGCUUCUUGCAAGGAAGAAAUAUGGUCCCAAAAUAGAUGUUUGGUCCAUUGGUGUAAAUAUGUAUGCAAUGUUGACUGGGACACUGCCAUUUACUGUUGAGCCAUUCAGUCUGAGAGCUUUGUACCAGAAGAUGAUUGACAAAGAAAUGAAUCCAUACCCAACUCAGCUUUCCACAGCAGCUGUAAACUUCUUAAAAAUUCUGCUAGAACCAGAUCCUGCAAAGAGACCAAACAUCCAACAAGCAUUAGCAAAUCGUUGGCUUAGUGAGAAUGGGAGACCACUGAAUAAUGUCACGUAUCCAAACAGAAUUCAUCUACAAGACAUAAGUCAAAGCGUGCUGCUGUACAUGACAGAAAAGCUUGGCUAUAAGAAUAGUGAUGUGAUCAACACUAUCCUUUCAAACAGAGCUUGCCACAUGCUCGCCAUCUACAUCCUUCUUAAUAAGAAGCUAGAACGCUAUACGGCAGGUGUAAAAAAAACUGAAACUUCUGAUAAUAUGUGCACUAACCAAUUGUGUCGGUUAGAAAAAUACAAAUCAAAUAAGGAUUCCUAUGAG